AUGGUCACUUCAUACCUGGUCGUCUAUAAUACCGUCUCCCUUCUCUGUUGGGGAGUUGUCCUCUUCAAGACGGUCUCGUUUAUCGUCAACCGACCUGCCAUCCCUCAUAUCGACAACACCAAGAUCCUGCCGACCACUGCUUCUGCCAAGCUCUCUUCGCUGCUCUCCCUCGGGGCCACCAAGAUUCAGCACACCGUCUCCCGAUCCCAUGCUACUACAGCUGGUAUCCCAAUUCCUCCUACUGGGAUUAUCAGCAAACUCAAGACCUACCUCGGCGGAUCUUAUGUCUACGAAGAUCUCGGCCCUUGGGUCGUCUUGACCCAGACCGGAGCCUUGUUGGAGGUCGCGCAUGCCCUGCUUGGAUGGGUCCGGAGUAGCGCUUUUACCGUCGCCAUGCAGGUUGCAAGCAGGAUCUUCAUGGUCUGGGGGAUUGUCGAGACCAGGCCAGAGACUCACUUCCACCCGCUGUUCACUACCAUGGUCCUCGCGUGGUCGGUGACCGAGUGUGUCCGAUACGCUUUUUACGCAUGUGCCCUGUUCAAGGUCGAGCCCCGAAUCCUCACCUGGUUGCGAUACAAUACCUUCUACAUCUUGUACCCCCUUGGUGCCGGAUCAGAGGCGUUCCUUAUGUUCUCCACCCUGCCCACCUUGAAAACGCUCGUGCCUUCCAUCAAGUCCGUCCUCAGUUACAGCAGGAAGGGCAAGAUGUCGGUCUGGCUCAAGGCCUUGUCUGGGAGGAAGGCAGGUCAGCCCUGGGGCGCUUACGACUUUAUGAUCUUGGCGUUCUUCUGCAUGUGGUGGCCUGCUCUUUACGUCCUUUACACCCACAUGAUCAAGCUCCGAAGGAAGGUCUACGGCAAGGGCGGAAAGCAAAUCGGAAGUGCUCCCAAGCCUCGCCGAUGA